CUUUUAUCUCCACCAGACAGCAGUACCCCAAAGUAUGUCGAAGGACAUUAUUUCUCAAGUCAGGGAACCAAGCAUAUCAAAUUGCUUUCAAGAACUGGAAUUUGACUAGUUUAUACACAAGAGGAUCUCCAACACCCGCCGCCUUUUCCAUCUUGUCACAUCGGUAUCAUGGCGUCGAAAAAGUCUAUCUUCCAUACACAGUUUCCAAUUCGGGUUAAGGGAGAUACUAAGUGUAACAAUCACAAAGACAACGACGUGUUUUUCUUGUGCCAAAAUUGUCAAACGCUUAUUUGCCCAAUAUGUUCAAUUACAGAACACAAACUACAUAUCGAUAGUUUUGUAGAACUUUCAAAAUUUAAAAUAGAAAAUGGAAACCUAAUUCAGAAUUUUGUAGAUGAAACAGACAACGUUAGCAUUCCGAAAUUAAAACAAGAAAUUAUUUCCUCGCGAACAAAACAGUCUUCUUGUAAACCUCUGUAUGAUAAACUUCGUACAAAAAUUACCGACAAUAACAAUAAAUGUAAAAUACAAUUAGAUGAAAUGACCGCGGAUUAUAUAUCGAUCUGUGACAGGAUGGAGGUGGCGGACACGGAACUCAUACAGACACACAUCACAGACCUGGAGAGAAGGUUGGAAACUUUUCGGGAACUCUCAUCAGAAUAUAAACAGACUCUGAAGACAGGAACUGCUGUACUCAUGUACGACUCGGUAUCAGAAAUCCGAGAAAUGGAUACAGAUAUCCCACCGACACCUGAUAAACAGACAUACUUUACUCCAGGUAUGGACAGACAAAGUCACCUGAAACAGGCCCUCGGGAACAUGAACCUCCCAACCGACUAUCUCCAGGCAGGGUCAGCAUCUGGUAUUCACUCUGACCAACGUCCAGUAGUCCGACCAAAACAGUCUACAGAGGCUGGUCAAGCGUCCACUGGAGAAGUCCGAUACAAACUUCGUGAUAGUCCAGCCGUCAUGUCCCAGUUCUUAUACCCGGAUCACAUCAAAUCGAUCUGCCCUACAUCUGAUGGACGUGCUUGGCUGUGUGACCAUAACACCGACACAGUAAAGCUCAUUAACAAAGAAGGUCAGGUCAAACAGACGAUAACACACAACAGUAACAUACAGGACAUCAGUCUGGACCCCACCACAGGUCGUCUGUGGUUCUGUUGUAUGGAUAAGAGGAUAAUUUUUGAAGUGUCUACAUCAUGUACACCAGUCCCAAGGUUCACUACAGAGGAUUUCCCAUACAGUCUGUGUGUGACCAGGGAGGGUCGGGUAGCGGUGGGUACAGUGCUUAGUCAGGGGUACACGGUGGUGAUGUACACUGUAACCGGCAAGGUGUUACAUACACAAAUUGUGGAGGAGUCAAGGAAGGGGUAUGUACUGUCAAUAUCACAAUGUUGUGUUACAGGUAACAUAGCUAUGGUGAGUAGUAAACAUAUCAGUGGGGUCGUCAGUGAUACAAACAACUACAGGAUUCACAUCAUUGUGUACAACCCAACACUCCAGCCCCUGUUCCACUACCGGGGGGAGGGGAUACCGGCCCAGGGAGAGGGGAUACAGAGUCAAGAGCCGGUCACACUAGACAAGUUUGAUCCAAUCACAGUUGUAUAUGACAGUAAGGGUAAUAUUGUUAUUGCUGACGAAACAAGGAACACAAUAGAACUGAUAAAUGGAGCAGGGAAGUACAUAAAAACACUUCACACAAACAAAUUUCACCAGGGAGUAGUAGGUAUACAGAAGGGUGAUGUGUUGUGGUCACAAUUAGUGUUAGAUACAGGACAGAGGGGACUCAAACUCCUCAAAUAUUAUAGUGACUGAGUGACCUUGAGUGAGGGUACAGACAAUUUAUAUCAGUGGACUUAAACAACAUUUUACUUUUGGUAUAAUCUUACUUUUAUCAACAUAUAUGUACACAUUACAUAAGACAUUUAAUUGAUUUUGGAAUAUUUUGCCGUCAUUAUUUCACAUUUGAAUUUUGUUAAAAGUAUGAUUAAAUGAGAAAUGUUUAUACAUCACACUGAUUUGAAACCGUCUGUUUUGGAAUGUUUGUAAUCUUAGUUGACUUAAUACAUGUCUAUUAGACUUGCAGUCACGUCCCUGUGAUAAAUUUCAAGUACCUUUAUGAAAUCUGAAAUUAACAUCAUUGCAUCGGUUUUAGGUGUAUAACCUGACUUCCCUUACCUGGUCCAGUGGGUUGUCCCGAUCCUAUCUUACCCACAAAUACUUGGUAUGGCCCGAUUUUAUUAAUAAAAAUUAAAUCCGAUGCAGAUUAGUCAUUUUCACUGUAUAUAAUAUAUAUCCAGUUUGGUGGCAGUAGGUCAUGACCCUGUCUGGUCAUACUGUGAACCAAACAUUUGUUAAUAAUGUCAUUUAUUAUUAAUGUAUAAUAAAAUUUACUGUAAAUUGUCA